AUAAAAACAGAGGAGGGGGAUUGCUAUUAGGGUUAGAAAGGGUUUAGGGGUUUUAUAUCCCCCAGCAGCUCUUUUGCUCCGCCUCUCUCAACCUCUCUCAACGCUUCUCGCUCUCUCUUUCACCUAACUUGAGAUUUUAGCACGAAUCUUAAGCUAUGGUUCAGUAUAACUUCAAGAAGAUUACUGUGGUGCCAAAUGGGAAGGAUUUUGUUGAUAUCAUCCUUUCCCGCACCCAGCGUCAGACACCUACAGUAGUGCACAAGGGUUAUGCUAUAUCGCGUAUACGUCAGUUUUACAUGCGUAAAGUCAAAUAUACGCAGACAAACUUUCAUGAGAAGCUUUCCACCAUCAUCGAUGAGUUUCCUCGUCUUGAUGAUAUACAUCCUUUCUAUGGUGAUCUUCUCCAUGUUUUAUAUAAUAAAGAUCAUUACAAGCUUGCCCUUGGUCAAAUCAAUACUGCUAGGAAUCUUAUUGGUAAGAUUGCUAAGGAUUAUGUCAAAUUGUUAAAGUAUGCCGACUCACUUUAUCGAUGCAAGACUUUGAAAGUUGCUGCUCUUGGUCGCAUGUGCACUGUGACGAAGAGAAUAGGCCCAAGUUUGGCUUAUCUUGAACAGAUCAGACAACACAUGGCAAGGCUACCAUCAAUUGAUCCUAACACCCGUACAAUCUUGAUUUGUGGGUAUCCAAAUGUCGGCAAGAGCUCAUUUAUUAACAAAAUCACGAGGGCUGAUGUGGAUGUGCAGCCUUAUGCCUUUACCACCAAGUCUUUGUUUGUUGGCCAUACAGAUUACAAAUACUUAAGAUAUCAGGUAAUUGAUACUCCUGGAAUUCUUGAUAGACCGUUUGAAGAUCGUAAUAUCAUAGAGAUGUGCAGCAUCACUGCUCUGGCUCAUUUGAGGGCUGCCAUUUUGUUCUUUUUGGACAUUUCUGGGUCUUGUGGAUACAGCAUUGCCCAGCAGGCAGCGCUUUUUCACAGCAUUAAGUCACUUUUUAUGAACAAGCCUCUGAUUGUAGUGUGCAACAAAACUGAUCUCUUGCCAUUGGAUAAAGUUUCCGAGGAAGACAUGAAGCUGGUCAUGGAAAUGAAAGCAGAAGCUACAAAGACUGUGAUUGGCGAAGGUGGUGAGUCUACAAAUGAUGAGGAGGUACUCUUGGCUAUGAGCACUUUGAAUGAGGACGGUGUAAUUGCUGUAAAGAAUGCAGCAUGCGAAAGGUUAUUGGACCAGAGGGUUGAACAGAAAAUGAAGUCCAAAAAGAUAAAUGACUGCCUGAACCGUUUUCAUGUUGCUACACCAAAGCCACGUGAUCAGAAGGAAAGGCCACCAUGCAUACCACAAGCUGUCUUGGAAGCUAAAGCCAAGGAGGCUGCGGAGAAGGAGAAGAGGAAGCUUGAGAGGGAUAAUGAGAAUGAGAAUGGAGGUGCAGGUGUAUAUUCUGCAAGCUUGAAGAAACAUUAUAUCCUAGCAGAUGAUGAAUGGAAAGAAGAUAUAAUGGCAGAAAUUCUUGAUGGACACAACGUAUAUGAUUUUGUUGACCCUGAUAUCUUACAGAGACUUGAAGAGUUGGAGCGGGAAGAAGGUCUUAGACAGGAGCAGGGUGAAGAUGAGGAUCUCGAGAUGGAUGAAGAAUUGACACCGGAACAAAAAGAAGCCCUGGCUGCUAUUAGGAAGAAGAAAAGCUUGCUUAUCAAAGAACAUCGUAUUAAGAAGAGCACUGCAGAGAGUCGACCUAUCGUGCCCAGGAAAUUUAACAAAGACAGGAAUUUUACCUCCGACAGAAUGGGAAGGCAGUUGUCAUCUAUAGGACUCGAUCCAACUUUAGCAAUAAAUCGUGCUCGAAGCAAGUCUAGGGGACGUAAGCGCGAGAGGUCGCGUGAUGGAGAUGAUGGUGCAAUGGAUGUGGAUGGUGAGCAUUCUAAUAAAAAGCUGCGUUUGAGAUCUACUUCUAGGUCAAGAUCUAUGUCGCGUCCUCCGCAUGAGGUUGUCCCAGGUGAAGGAUAUAAGGAUUCUGUUCAGAAGAUGAAGGCUAUAAAAUUAGCUAGAAAUUCUUCUAAUAAGAGGAACAAAAGUGCUCGGAAGGGAGAAGGAGACAGGGUCAUUCCCAAUCUCAAACCAAAACACUUGUUUUCUGGCAAACGCGGGAUCGGUAAAACUGACAGACGCUAAUGGAGUCGAGGGAAAGGGUUUCACUAAGACCAGGUUCUGGAUGUUGAUGGUGAGAGUAUCUCUUUCCGCUAGCUGAAGUGCUGUCAUCUUCACAAUAUCCAGCUUGGUGUUUCUGUUACAGAACUUGGUGCUCGCUGAGCAUCUAAAGAAGCAAGAGAAAGAUACAAUGAGACAAUGAGACUUUUUUUAUGUUUUUAUGCUUAAAGUUUUGAGAUUUAGAUGCUUGUUAUAUUUUUAAGCUGCAAAACAUGGUUAUCUACUUUAUGAGUUUUUUCUGAAUGCUAUGAUAGUUUUAUAUUUGUCAAGACAUUAUGAAGUGGUUACGAAAGUUA